CAUCGUAUGCCUUACUGUCUGGCACCGGCUGGCUUAGAUGUCGUUUCGUAGCAUAGCUCGUGAUGUCAGGGAUGGCUUCGGUAGCCUGUCGAGACGGAGCUUCGAUGUGACGAUCGCAAGCCUCUACGGUCUCACCGGCCAUCACAGGGGGAAGGGCCAGAGCUCGCUGGAUGACCUCCAUGAGCCGGCUCCCAUACUCCAAGAGAGCAACUGGGCGAGUCUCCCUCCUGAACUCCUCCGCGAUGUCGUACGGAGACUGGAAGCGGACGAGAGUACCUGGCCAUCCAGGAAGCAUGUCGUAUGCUUUGCGGCUGUUUGUAGGACAUGGAGGGAGAUGUGCAGAGAGAUCGUGUUGAGCCCCGAAUUUUGUGGGAAGCUUACCUUCAGAGUCUCUCUAAAGCAGCCUGGUCCGCGAGAUGGAAUGAUUCAAUGUUUUAUAAAGAGGAAUAAAUCAAAAUCCACCUAUCAGCUCUACCUGUGCCUAACAAAUGUUGUUACAGCAGAAAGCGGGAAGUUCCUCUUAUCAGCAAGAAGGAAUCGUAAAGCGUCGUGCACAGAGUAUGCCAUUUCAAUGGACGGUGCCAAUACCUCAAGAUCAAGCAGAACCUACAUUGGAAAACUGAGGUCGAACUUCCUUGGCACCAAGUUUUUAAUUUACGACACACAGCCCCCAUACAACGGUGCAGUGAUCCCACCAGUUGGAAGGAGCAGCCGGAGGUUUAACUCAACAAAAGUCUCUCCGAAGGUGCCUCCCGUCAGCUACAACAUAGCUCAGGUGACAUACGAGCUCAACGUUCUCGGCACCAGAGGCCCUCGGCGGAUGCGCUGCAUCAUGCACUCCGUGCCCGCCUCCUCGGUCGAGCCCGGCGGCACCGUCCCCGGCCAGCCUGAAAAAAUCGUGCCUCGAGCUCUGGGGGACUCGUUCCGCAGCAUCACAUCCUUCUCCCAGUCGUUCCGCAGCUCCGCCACCUUCUCCAACUCCAGCUCCAUCAUGGACCAGUCCAUGGACUUCAACAGUGCCCGCUUCUCGGAGAUGAGCGGCGGCGGGGCCACGGACGGCGAGGGCGAGGCCAAGGACAGGCCGCUGGUGCUCCGGAACAAGCCCCCUCGGUGGCACGAGCAGCUGCAGUGCUGGUGCCUCAACUUCCGCGGCCGUGUCACCAUCGCCUCGGUGAAGAACUUCCAGCUGAUCGCCGCGUCGAGCCCGCCGCCCGCGGGCGCGCCGACGCCCUCGCAGCCCGGACCCGUGGAUCCCGACAAGGUGAUCCUGCAGUUUGGGAAGGUCGCGAGGGAUAUGUUCACCAUGGACUACCGCUACCCCAUCUCGGCUUUCCAGGCGUUCGCCAUCUGCCUGAGCAGCUUCGACACGAAGUUGGCAUGUGAAUAAUUGAAGUCGAAACGGAAGAAGGGUGCGCCGCGGAGCAGAAGACGACGCAUGGUCCUUCCUUAGGUUCUUAGCUCAUGUUUGCAUUCCACAGUCAUGUGUUUCCCCGGUUGUAAUUGUGAUUGCUGUAGUAUUGAUUGAACUGGACAUACAUGAAAAUCAUGUGAUUCUUGGCA